CGCUGUCCUUUUCGGGAAAACGAAGAACGACUUGUCAUGUGAGGGUCACGGGCACGGGCGGAAAGAAGGCGCUUUGGUUUCCAUGGCUGAGAUCAACACCUUAAUCGAUUCAGAUGAUGAAGACAAUCUCUCUGUGCAUUCAGCCAUCUCAAACCCCUCUGACUUUGCAGAGGAUGAGGAGGUUGAUUACCUUGCACUGGAGCUUUUACAUCAUUUGCCAGCAGACAAGGCUGACAAGCUGAUGAAGAGCUUGCGUGCCAAAGAGAAAGCGGUGCAGGACCUCGUGACUCGCAAUCGCUCCUUGCUGAACUCUUGCCAGGCCUUGGAUGAGGAGAACCAGGCCUUGACCGAUCGGCUGAAGGAGGCGGAGGUGGUCGGCGCCAAGGUGGAGGAGGUGAAGCCCCCUGCGCCGUCAGCACCGGUGGACAACUCCAUCUUCCUGCAGAUGGAAAGGGGGAAGGAGGAGACCAUUUUGCGGCUCACCAAUGAGAAUCGCAAGCUGAUGGAGCAGGUGAAGAGACUAGGAGAGCACUACAAGCAGAUGGAAGAGGCCCUGGUGCAAACGCGCAAGGAGAUCAAGCGGGCUCAGAGUGGAAAGGAGCCCCAAGUGAGACUCACAGGCUCUUCCACACUGGAUGAAGAAGAACGGAUCUACCGAGAAUUGCAGGGAGAAUCGAUGGGUGACUUGAUUAUGCAGAAGCUUCAAGAAAAGCAGGCGGAACAACGGAUCAAGAUCCAAAAGGCGCUUCAGGCUUCUUUGGCUGAGGAGAUCGGCCGCAUUGAAAGCUGGGGCAGUGAUGUCAAGGGCGUUCUCCUGGCUGUCGACGGACUGGAGGCUCAGCUGAAGCAUCAGCUCAAAGAGCCCAAAGGUUCCAAGAAAGCCAAAGCCGUGGACACCAAGGCGCAGGCCGCCGAGUCGAAGCAGGGCUUCACCACAGAGCACAUCACGACUGUCUCGGCUCAGCUCUUGGACGAGUUUGACGGCAUGAAAGGCUUGCUGGAAGUGGUUGACAAGGAGCAAUUGUCUUUGGAGCAAACCGUGCGAGCAGCCAGCGACAGUGCUGAGCCGCUGGCUGUGACGUUGGAUUUGGAUAGCGGGCUGGCCGCAGCGGAAAGUGAGGCUGAAUGGUUGCGGGAGCACAAUGCAGCGUGGGUGAACCGGUGCCAAAGUCUGAGCUUGCAGCCAAUGCUGGAGGUUCUGCAAAGGACAGACUCGGCUUUCACGGAUCUACUGGCAAAAGCUCCGCCCGGGCUCAUGCCCACCAAUGUCGAAGACUGCUUGCAGGAGACGCGCGCACACAUGAAGGAGCUGAGCGAGCACCUUCAGGCACAAAUGGCCUCCAUCGCCGAUCUGCAGGAAGAAAGUGCGGCGUUAGGCCGCACCGUGAGAUCCUUGCAGGCGGCGCAAAAGUCGCACCGCUCGAAGCUUCGACAGAACAUGUCCGAGUCGGUGAAGAGGUUAGUGGCCUCCUUCGAGCAUCCUUUGGAUGACAUGAGGUCAGGGCUGAGACAGCACAGUCAGGCCUUGUCCAAGGCCAGAUCGCAGGUGGCAAAGCUCCUAGAUGGCCAUAAGCCAAGCUGGCAAGGGGAUCCGAGACCUGAGAGAGACCUGGCUGCCAGCACUCACCGAGCAGCAGUGGCACAGGGCCCAUCCAAAGACUUGCCGGGACUUGGUGCAGAGCUUCAGGAGUUCAUCAUGUCGGAAAUACGGCAGGUUCGCUCCAUGGGCAAGCAGCUGGUGACCAACUUGGAGGAAGGAUGCAAGGCGGUGGAGAAGCGGAUGCACCAGGUCAUCGAGGCCGUGAGCGGCGAAGCCGCGCCGGGCGCCUCUGGCAGGCCUGCGGUUCGGGAUGCCGGAGACAAGGACUCCCACGCAGAGGCGAAGAAAAAACGUAAGAAGAAAGGGGCCAGCGGGCACAGUCACGGUGCCGCCAAGGGCAAAGAGGAAGAAGCCAAGACCGGCCCGCCGAGGUCACAGAAUGAACCUCCCAACAAGGAUGAGGUACAGCAAGCUGGCCUCGAGGAACGUCAGAAGUCUUCAGAGGCAGAGGGCCUAGAGGACGCUGAUGCGCAGCUGCGUGCCGAGUUUCAAGAAGCCUUUGAAAGCACGCCGAGCGGGUCAAAGUCGAAGAAGCAAGAAGCAAGGCAAGAGAAAGUUCUUGCUGGCACAGACUUGCUACAGGAGCUUGAAUCCCUGAGGUCCGGCACAGAGGCGCUGGAGGCCCGAAUGGCAGAGCGUUUGCAGGCGCGGGUCGAACGUGCAGAUGGAGAUGACCCGGAUGCCGCCAAGCCCAAUCCGGCGCGGAGGAGGAAGAAGAUGUUUGUGUAGAGGCCGGAACCGCCCAAACCCUGCGGCCAUCGGAAGCCGGGAGUUCCGGCCCGAGCGGGGUGCAUCGAUGGCCGUGGGGUCCUGUCUCGGUUCGACCGGUCGGACCGUCCUGUCUGCGGGCGGACCGGACCGUGACCCGGUGGACUCUGAAAUGGGUUGCGGGUGUUUAGCUCGGCUUGGUAGCGGCAUCGGUGUUUAGAGAGGCCAAAGUUGCCUUUCUGGACCAAGGGCUCUGGAAUGUAUCGCAUAUCUUGAAGAUCUUGA